AAAGAACCAGCGAGAGGUCCAACGCCAAUUGAAAGAUUCUCUCCAUGAUCCUUCCAAUCUCUAUCACAAAGACAGAUAGAGAGAGAGGGAGAGAGUGGAAGACCAUCGCCUGAGCCCUCGAAGCUCGGAGAGAGCUCCUCACAUGGCGGCCUCAGCUCGGGCCUUCAUCAUCUCUCGCCUCGCUGACCUCUCCCCCCGGUCUCCUCCCCUCUCGCGCCACCUCCGGACUCCCUUCCUCCCCUCCUUCGCCCCCCUGACCCGCCGGCGCGCCGACUCCGCCCCCUCCUCCGCCACCGUCAGCUGCCUCAGCGGCGGGCUCUCGGAUGAGUUCGUCUCCACGCGCAAGUCGUCUUUGGACCAGGGGUUCUCUGUGAUUGCUAACAUGCUGAAGAGGAUCGAGCCCCUGGAUAAUUCCGUUAUCUCCAAGGGCGUCUCCGACUCUGCCAAGGACUCCAUGAAGCAGACCAUCUCGACGAUGCUUGGCCUCCUCCCGUCGGAUCAGUUCUCCGUCACGGUCACGGUUUCCAAGCAUCCGCUGUACCGCCUCCUCGUCUCGUCCAUCAUUACAGGGUAUACGCUGUGGAACGCGGAGUAUCGGAUUUCCUUGAUGAGGAACUUCGAUAUAUCUCCGAGUUCCUUAAAAAGCGUGGAUUCCCUGGAAGAAACUGAGGAUUUGGAAGCGGAAGGAGAGAAAUUCAAUGGCAGCAAUGUUAACAUCCAGCUAGAUGAUUCGUGCACGGAGGAUUUGGAGAGAAUACAGGUUUUCGGGGAUCUAUCUCCGGAGGCUUUGAGUUAUAUUCAGCAGUUGCAAUCAGAGUUGCAUGCGGUCGAAGAGGAAUUGUGUGCCCAGAAACAGGAAAACAAGAGAAUGGAAUUUGGCAGAGAAAGCAGAAAUGAUCUGCUGGAGUAUUUGCGUUCUUUGGAUUCUGAUAUGGUGAAUGAACUAUCACGGCCAUCGUCAGUAGAAGUAGAAGAAAUCAUUCAACGGCUUGUUCAAAAUAUACUGCGGAGAUUCUUUAAAAUUGACACAGCGAGUGAGCAUAUGGUAGGUUCUCUUGUGGGAAAUGCCGAGAGUUGUGAGGAUGGAUCUGAUGAAUCACGUGAUAUGAUAGGCACUUCAAGGGAUUAUUUGGCCAAACUGCUGUUCUGGUGUAUGCUGUUGGGACAUCACUUGAGAGGUUUGGAGAACAGACUGCAAUUGAGUUGUGUAGUGGGGCUGUUGUAGAAGAGCGAGAGGCAUUUUGUGUAUAUCCUUUUUCACUUUCUUUCACUGUUCAUUAUCGAUGUAAUAUUAUCACUUAUGUAACCCUACCCGUAGAAACAAUAAACCUUCGAUCAAUAGUUUUCAGCAAAAUCAAUGCUUUCAGAAUUGGGUUUCUGCAAGAACCA